AUGUCUCCUGUCAGAGGCUAUAUCACCUCUUACGCUCCCCGUCUUCGACAAUAUAGCAACGCGUUGCUUACUCCAGUCAUCCCUCCCUCGCAAGUCGGGCCGUCGCGAACUACCAAGCGUGGUACAACAACCAUCAAUUAUGCCGAAGAUGGCUUUGACGACGACGACUUUGAAGAUAGUGAUGGCCCGCGUCGACCAACCGGACUGCGAAGCCUUCGACGAGAGGAAUCGAGCGCAGAUAGAGUCCCGUUGUCGGAGAAAGUAGGCAAGGAAAUCGAUGCGCCAGUCGAGGUUCAAGGAAUAUUCAGAGACUGGAUGAUAAGGCGACUAUAUCGCUCAGAAAUCGACCUUGAAGUCCCCGCGCAUCAGCCGCUUGAACCCUUUCCACUACCUCGAACUGCCACAGACCCAGCCCUAAACUCAACUCUUCCAGGUUACCGACGCCCCGAGCCUGUUCCAGCUUAUCGCGUCAAAGACACAUUUCUCUGGAAUUUGCAUGAAGCUAUUGCCACCCCUGACGAAUUCGCUAUCGCCUUUGUUCGUGAUCUCGACUUGCCUGAACCAGCACGUCUAGCUGAUGCCAUCUCCACCCAAAUCCGGCAACAACUUGAAGAGUAUGCAGGCGUUGCAUUACACCCAUUAUUCCAACAAAACCAAUUUGCACCCGCUGCAAAUGCGACAGACCCAAAUGCCGGGCUCUCUCGGGAUGUUUCUAGUACGCCCGCUCCCAUGAAUGCUGCAACCCCCGACAGUCACGCUCGGGAUAAUAUUGUGAGCGUUACCAAGGACCCUCUUGUUAACGACAGCCUCUUGAAUCCUGACGACGCAUAUCGAUGUGUUGUUAAUUUGAAUAUCAAUCUUCAGAACAAGCUUUAUACCGACAAAUUUGAGUGGUCCUUGCUUCAUCCCCCAGGGAUGGCUGAAGAGUUUGCCAAAGUCACCUGCGCAGACCUUGGUCUUGCAGGUGAAUGGGUGGGUGCCAUAUCACAUGGAAUUUACGAAGCGGUUUUGAAACUCAAGAAAGAAGUUUGCGAAAGUGGUGGUAUGGUUAGUGGUGUUGGGGCCUAUGGAAAUGAAAUCGACAACCAGGCCGCGAAUGGUGCCGAAGCUGGAUGGCGGUAUGACCCUGAAGGUCUCGGUGAUGAAUGGGAGCCUAAGGUUGAAACCUUAUCUAAAGAGGAGAUUGAAAAACGUGAAGGAGACAGAGAACGCCAGAUUCGGCGUCUUCGAAGGGAAACCGCCAGAUUCUCUUCCACAGCUGGCAUUACACCAGAGUUAUCGAGAACAAAUUAUUUCGACGUCGACAGCGAGACGCCGCUCGGCAGGGGCGAGAGAAGCAAACGAAAACGACGUUUCCGUAGCCUUAGCCCGUUAGGCCGUUCUGGGACUCCAGGGGGUCGUGGGACACCUGACACGGCUUCUGGAGCUGGAUAUGGUGGCGGUGGUGGAACGCUUUUGGAGAGUGAACGUGCUCAUUGGAGGUGCUAUAAUUGCGGAGUCUUCGGCCAUGCGGUCUGGACAGUGCGAGAUGGUCCUACUGGGCCAAGGACACUUUGUCAUAACUGUGGUCUCUUGUACGAGCGUGACAAGAUUCUUCCUGAAUGGGCUAGGGGCCUUCACAGACAUGAUAUACCUCUGAAUCGGCAUAUUUGA